AUGUCAAUGAAUCGUUACAAAUGCAGCUGUGUGCGCUGCUCGCAGCAUCCAGACGGAUUCACGUACCAGACACGGCAGGUUAUUACGAAGCACGCGAAGAAGUACCCCCCUGUCUUGCAACCAAUGGGUGUCAAUACCAAUGCUGAUGCAGGUGCAAACCCGAUGAACGAUGCAUCUGGGGCAUCAUCUGAGUCUGAGGGUACUGACCAUCGAGAGAGACCGGAGAUUCCACCUCAAGUCAGAGAGGAUGAGUAUGAUUUCGAGUUUCAGCAUAUGGAUGACCAACAUGCGGAAGAGCAGCCUCGAUAUCUGGCAGAACAACAAGCACCUGUCCAGGAACUCCAAGACUUCAACUUCCCCUUCCAAGAACAUCCAGGUGUCCGCCUUGCCUAUCUCAACACAGUCAUUGGUAAUGUCUUCGGAAAGCAGAGCAUACAAGCUGCAACGGAUGCUCUCAACAAUCAGCUAAAUUGCAUGCUACUCGAAGGUGUACUACCUGAGCAUCCGCGUCCCGUCUGCCAUCUCCUCAGCGUGAAGUGUCAACUUGGCAUUGAUGCUGACCAGUGGAUCACCCAAUAUGCGAUAUGCCCUGAGUGCUGGAAGCACUUUACUCCUGCUCAGGUCAAGGAGCUUCCAUCUCCCGAGUGUACUGUGCCAGACUGCGAAGGAGUACUAUACGAUGAAUAUACUGAUGCGAAAGGCAAGCACAGCCAACAAGAUCGUCCAGGACAAAAUGAAGACGAAGACUAUGUCAUGACUGAUAUGCAUGACAGCAUGUUAUGGCAUGAACUCGAGACAAAUACUGUCCACAAGAUUGGUGAAUUAGGUACCAUCUGCGACCGCCCUCAUGAUAACCAACCAGCAACAACAAAGCUUACUGAACAUCGAUAUGGCCUGCAUUUGACCUUGAAUAUUGACUGGAUGGGAAUACUCGAAAAUCAGCCCCACUCUAGCGGCCCUAUCUACUAUGCUAUCAAUGACCUCCCACAAGAUCAACGAUUCUUACAAGUCAACAUCAUAUGCGCAGCAAUCAUGCCAGGUCCAAAAGAGCCAAACAUAGUUCAAAUCAACCAUUGUUUGGAGCCAUCUACUCAUGAGCUGAUGGAACUCAAGAAUGGGGUCAAAAUGGAUGUUUAUGGAGAAGAGGAACUUGCAGAUGUAUUUGCAGAUAACGAAGCCCUUGCUUGCAAUAUGCCUGCCUCACAUAAAUGUAACAGAACAGCUGGACAUAGUCAUGACUUCCAUCCAUGUGUGUUUUGUGAUGUUGACAUCAUCAAAAUCAAUACUCCUGAAGGCUACAACAAUUUGUGGACUGACAAAAACAAUUAUCAUAUGCUUCGUCAGAGCUUCUACUCUAAGGAUGCUACUCCCACUCACCAAGAAGCGAUCUUCAUUCUCAAUGUCAUUUCAGGCUGGUUACCAUCAAGAAAGUCAGCUCUUGACUUUAUGCACUGUAUCUUCCUUGGAAUCAUUUCGCACCUAUUUAUGCACAUGUUGUUUGGUGGAUAUAUGUUCUCAGGCAUGGGUGGUGUCAAUUCUCUGAAGCGACACUUUGAAGACAUAAUUAAUGCUGUAAGAUGGCCUAGCCACAUCACUCGACUGCUGAAAAACAUAUGUCUGGGUGAAAACCAAUCCCUCGAGAAGGCUGACGAGUGGCAUUGUCUUCUAAUGAUCACCCCAGUCAUUCUCUGGUGGUCUUGGAGGGACGCUAAUGAUGAAAUACCAGACACUGAGCCUCCUCUUCCACCCAACACUAUAGCCCCAGAUUUUUCCCAUAACUGCUGCUUGCUGUAUAAGGCCAUUCUAUUCCUGUGCACUGGUGUCCGAAUUCUCACAUCCUGCAUGAUCUCUAUGGCUCAGGCUUGCACUGGUCAGAGCUUUCUAGCCCAUUACUGCUUGGAAUGUCUGCAGCUUCGCAUCCCACUCACCAUCAACCAUCAAGCUUUGAUGCAUACAGCUGAUAUGAUAAAGAAGUUUGGUCCUGUAUAUGCCUGGUGGCUCUUCGCAUUCGAGUGGUUCAAUGGCAUGCUGGAAUGUGUUCAACAUAACGGUCAUGAUGGAGGACGGAUUGAGUUAACUCUCUUAUGGAACUGGGUCCAAACUCAUCUCAUUUAUGAGUAUCUUCUGGCUCUUCCUGCUGACACCCAUUCUUUCGAACAAGACCAGAUUAACUGCAUUAUCAAGGUACAAGCUCAAGACUGUGGAAGUAUGAUGAUGCAGAUAGCAGUUUACCAGAGCGAAGCUGCCAAAGACAAUGUUAGGUUACCACUCCAUAAUGCAAAAUUGAUCAAUCUCUGUGCAUACAGCUCACCUCAAGGAGUAUUCUACCCCAUUCUUCUCCAGUACUGUCAUUCUCUAUGGCCCGACCUUCACCUGGUUGGUGAUUUAUCGUGCGACAAUGGCACCCCCUUCUAUGCGAACAAGGUAGCUCAUGCACUCACAUACAUUCGCAAAGACAGCAUUUGUUAUGGCUGCACCAUGAAUUGGUGCACACAUGCUGACUCAUUUGCAUUCAUAUCACAAGGUAGAACAUGUGUCCCUGUGCAAAUCAUGGCAUUAUUUGUGGUUGGUGUUCUUGAUGUUGUCCCUCAUGUUUGUGCAGUGGUGCCGAGAUUAGUCUCUGAUGAUGACAUUCCUGCAAUGCCAUGGGAUCUCUACACAUCUACACUUGGUAUCCACAUCUCCUACACUGAAUUGGGCCCUCAGGAAGUGGUUCCAGUAUCACAAAUCGAGUGCCCACUGGCACUAAUUCCAGUGCACUUGAAUGUCCUCAAAAAAGAUCUGUGGAUCACCAUCUCAUUUGACCAUGUAAGUUUACAAACUGUACUCUCAUACAACAGUCUCAAAAAAUUUGUAGGCCAGGAACAAACCUGA